CUGGUCCCUACUCCAAGCCCCAGAAGCCCAAAAAACCGUCCAAAGCCCCAGCAGGCCAGCUACAACCCUAAGCCCCACCAGCCCAAACCUCAGCAGGCCGCCAACCCUUCAAAUCCCCUGCAGUCUUGGUACCAGCCCAAACCCCAGCAGACCAAGCCCAACCAGCCCUCCUACCCUUCAAAUCCUCAGCAGGCCAAGCCCUACCAGCCUUCAUACCCUUCAAAUCCUCAGCAGGCCAAGCCCUACCAGCCUUCAUACCCUUCAAAUCCUCAGCAGGCCAAGCCCUACCAGCCAGCCUACCCUUCGAGUCCCCAGCGGGCUACCAACCCUUCAAGUCCCCUGCUGUCUAGGUACCAGCCAAAACCCCAGCAGCCUUCUUACCAUUCAAAUCCUCAACAGGCCAAGCCUCAGCAGACCGAACCCCUGCAAGGGGUGCUCCAAAGUAAAGCUGGCAUGUGGUACUUUCCUUCCGAAGGAAGUGUUUCUUCUGACUCUAAUGUGCAGGCCAAGCCCUACCAGCCAGCAAACCCUUUGAAUCCCCAGCGGGCUACCAACCCUUCAAGUCCCCUGCAGUCUCGGUACCAACCCAAACCCCAGCAUCCUGCCUACCCUUCAAAUCCUCAGCAGGCCAAGCCCUACCGGCCUUCAUACCCUUCGAAUCCUCAGCAGGCCAAGCCCUACCAGCCUGCCGACCCUUCAAAUCCCCUGCAGUCUAGGUACCGGCCAAAACCCCAGCAGCCUUCCUACCCUUCAAAUCCUCAGCAGGCCAAGCCCUACCGGCCUUCCUACCCUUCGAAUCCCCAGCAGGCCAAGCCCUACCAGCCCGCAUACCCUUCAAACCCUCAGCAGGCCAAACCCCUGCAAUGGGUGCUCCAAAGUAAAGCUGGCAUGUGGAACUUUCCUUCCCAAGGAAGUGUUGCUUCUGGCUCUAAUGUGCAGCCCACUGACUCAAACUCGCACUUGAAUCUUGACCCAAGUAGUUUGAGAGAAAUUCCAAUGCCAUUCCCGUACCAGCCCAGGUGGCCGCAGCAACUGGUGCCAGUGUAGAACAGACAUCAUUGACCUUCCUAACUGUUCCUGAACUUGCCUGGAAGAAGUCUGAACUGGCAUCAACUUUGAAUUUAAUAAAAUACUUGGAACACAC